AAUAAUAUCGCAGUCGCACUGCUUCUUUACAAUUUACGUACAUCGUACAAUAUGGGGACUGCCAUGCUGGAAUGGCUUAAGUGAAAUUAGAAAGCUUUAAUUAAUUUUUGUUCUAACAUGCAAAUUGUGGGAAGACGAUUAAUAUUUAAUACUGAAGUUACUCGCCAUAAUCGCAUAGUCUGUCUGCACUACCGAAUUUGCUAUCAACGACCUUUUCCCGGAUUUAUUGAACCAUGGCGUCCUUAUUUGAUGUUUUCACUUUGUCUCUUGUGCUUUGUGUCAUUUUUGCGAACUCGUCUUCUGCUUCUGAACGUGUGAAUGCCCGUGUACGCCGAGAUGUGAUGUCUGAUUUGUUGGCAGUCCUUCGUCCGUCGCGCAACCUCGCUUUCGGAUCAUCCCGUGGACUGUUCGCCAGUUCCGCAGAUCCCUCUUCUCCCUAUCAACAACUUCCUGGGUCAUUUCCAUACCAGCAGUUUCCUGGAUCACAACGAACAUCCAGUAGCUUGAAUUCCCUCCUGCUGCCACGCAAUUCCCCGAGCAACUCUGGCCAUGAAUACGUCUUUUUUAUGGACAGACUUCCCAAAUCUUCCACUGGCCUCAUCGCUCUGCCUGCCAGUGACCCAGUGGAUCCAGCGCUUAUGAGCCAGCUGAGCGGUCCUGCACGGAUGAAUUCCCCUCUGACAGGCAGUCGAUCGCUGUUAUCGCUGCUCAGCAUGCUGCCUUCUGUCGGCACUCCGAACAUGAAGAUAAUCGUGUUCCCGCGAGCUCGAGGACUGGAUGAUGCUGGUCCGUCAAACGGCAUGCCCAAUAAUGCUCUUCCGGAUGCCAACGGAGGCCAACAUCCUGCUGAUGUGGCGCCGCCGCCAGUUGACCCAGCGAUGGCCGCGCGUCAGAGCAACGUUCCCGAUGCGGUACAGCGAAAUCAACCACCUGCGCCACUUCCUUCCAAUGCGAUGGGUCAGCCGAUGGUGCCAGUGGCCAGUAGCGCACCGCAGCCGGGUGCUCCUCUGAACCCGAGCUUUUUUCCGGGCGGCGCCAACGGACAACCGGGGCCCGCCAUAAUCGACAACACAAAACCGGGCCCAACCACACCCAACAUGGGGUCGCCAGCCCAGCUUCCCGUUCUGACGGCCGCACCACCGCAACCUGUACAACAGUCACGGCCUGUUGACAGCGGUAUGCCGGGAGCUAACGAUCGACUGCUGGUAAAUAAGCCCUUGACGCGCCCCGGAGAUCAGACGCAGACACCCACGCUGUACGGCUCAAAUCCGACCGGAAGUGCCAGUCGGCCACCCAUCUUCAACGGGCCCAAUCAGCUGGAUGUGCCGGUGUUUUCUUUAGACUCUGCUUACAAUAACCCGUACGCAAGCCGACUAACUGGUUUUGGUAGACCACAAAUUGUGAAGUCCGGUUCCGUAUAUGUCAAUGUUCUUCCUAUUUCGUAGUCUUUCUGGUUUGGUAGUUAACUUUUGAUUACGGGUUUCUGGGAUAAUCGUUUUUCUUUAUGAUACUGGCUGCUGUGGUUUGUACCAUUAAAUUAAUUUUACUGUCGACAGUCCAUUGGAAAUAUGAUCCGCCUGCUGAGAUCGCUGCGUGAUUGUACAUAUUAAAGGGACGAUCUACUAA